AAAGGCUUCAAGGAGACACUGUUAAUCUCAGACAACAACUCUCAGGCACGGGGUCAGGAGAUGGCCUUCACCAGUAUAUGAAUUGCUCUGUACAAGAGAUGCAGAGUAAACUGAAGGAAGCAGUGAGGAAGAUCUCUAUUCUGAGCCAGGAAAAGCAGCAACUCAUUGAAAUGGGAAACAGAUUUCGAGCAGAACUUGGAGUAGUUUCAAAGGAAGGACUCCAGCAUUACAUUAGCUCUAAACAGUAUCCAGUUCAUACGGGCUGUUGUGCUCUCAGUCCUAAAGAGCUUGCAAACGAAGCACAUCACCGACUCUCUGCUUUGGAGCAUCUACAGUACCGGCUUACAACACAGGAGCUCCAGUAUGCACAGCAACAACAUGUCUCAAGAUUGACUUCUAGGACUGCCUUUCCUAGCUCAAUAGAGAGCGUAAAUGGUGAAAAUGCUCCAAGUAGCUGUGGCAAGGGAGCAGAAUUACCCCAGCUUCAGGUUCAGCUGCACUCUUCAGUUAGAAAUGGCAGUCAAGGGCAACAGAAGGGAUGUACCUCCUCAGAAACAAACCGAUCACAGCAACUCAGUAGGGAGAACACUGGCCAGUCCCAGCAGAGCCGGUUGUCAUCAUCUGGAGUACACAGCUCCCUCCAGGAUAUUUGGCAGAUUCUAGAUAUGGGAUCAAGCCCUUCCAUUCUCAGCCCUCAAAGCAACACAGAUGAAGUAGAGUGCAAAGCUACCCACGGAACCAGGAAGUUUGAAGAGUCACAGCAGAAUAUUAAAACUGGGGAUCAAGAAAGAGCAUCAGCUGCUGACUUGACAGUCAAAGGAACCAAGUUUGAAGUUCAACCAAAGUUAAUAGCUAACAAAUCAUCGCUCUCACACCUGAAAAAGUCAAAAAUCUCCCACCAGAUGCAAAAAAUCCGGAACUACAAUGUUAAAGACUGAUGUCUUGGUCAGUAAGUUUUGCUCUGUGCAAGCUCUGAGUACUGUAGUGGGCUGUCCCUGCCCCACUGAGCUUACAGUCUAUAGACCAGAUAGCCACCGACUAGGGAAGAGCUAGAACACACCAGUAGAAUGAAGAAUGGGAUGGCAGCCAGUGGUGUUAGUUCCCCAGUUUAUUUUUUAUUGUUUAUUUGCUCGCUCGCCUAUUUGGGGUGGGUUUACUUAGGAGGGGAUACGCUAAGUGGGGAAAAGGAAAGGGAAGUGAGGGGAGCUAGGCAGGGGAGAUGAGAGUAAGAGAGGCAGGUGUGAGAUGAAGCUCAGGUGAAGAGGCUGUUGGAGAGAGCAGGGAGAAGGGUGAAUGGCCAACCAGCACAUGGCUUAAGUACAAGCAGAAGUGUAGAUAGUUCGCCGAAUGCCCAGAUAUCUUUCUUUUGGCAUCUUCUGCCUGUUGACUUCUCUCAGCCCAUCUCCUGCAGGGCACAGGGAAGGGGCGAGGCACCACUUGGGUACUUAGUGCCUCCAAGGUGGGGUGUCUCCUCUACACAGUUCUGGGUCCAUGAAGGUGCAAGGGCACGUGUGGGGAAAAUGCAGUCCAGGGACUGGAUGCAGCCUGCCAAAGAUUUUUCCUUCAGCCUGGCAUGAUCCUCCGAGCCUCUAAAAGUCCCACAGUGCAGCAGGAUGCUCAAACAGGCUGCCUGCCUGCUGCACUCCCAGAAGCGGCCAGUUGCCACAAACAUGUUUCUCUGUGUCCCUUGGGGAGAGGGCAUCUGUGGGUCUCCCCGAGCUGCCCCCAUCUCAAGCACCAGCCUUACUGCUCCCAUUGGCCAGCCAAUGAGAGCUGCAGGGGCAGUGCUUGCAGGCACGGGCAGUAUGUGGAGAUCCACCCCCUCCCUACUUCCCAAGAAGUGCACAGAGACUCAUUUGCCUUUCAGUGGCCACCAUGGCAGGAAGGCAGCCUGCCUACCAGAAUGCCUCACUGUGCUGCCAACUGGGAGUGCCUCCCAGCCAGCACCAGAACCUGCACCUCACACCCCCUUCCACACCUCAACUCCCUGCCCCAGGUCAGAAUCAUUUCCUGGACCCAAACUACCUCCCAGGUCCUGGAUCUGCUCCUACACCCCUACUCCAGGUCAGAACCCCUUCCGGUACCCAACUCCCUCCCAGAUUCUGCACCCCAGUCUCCUGCCCAGAACUCCCUCUUGUGCCCACACUUUGUCCCAGAUCCCAUGCUCCCUGCACUAAUAUAAUUGAAAAUUGCGGCCCUCAACCACUUACCAAAAAUCUUGGAGUGACACACACCUCCCUGAAAAUUAUUACCCACCCUUGCAUUAGGGGUGGGGUAGCUCCAGCUGGACCUUGUUUUAGGUGUUUGAUGUUUAUUAAAUACCAGUUCAUCCACCUGUUUCCUGGAGGUUACUAUAAAGUCCCAGCUGUUAAAGAUUUGAACUCUUGUAUCUGUAGGUAGACCUUGCAGGUUUUAGUAAAAUUUUGUUGAGAAACACUGGAGUGGAUUAGACAGGGGAAAGUGUAUCUCUGUGAGCUGCCUUAGCUGCUCUCUUCCUAUGCUUACUAACUCAUUUUGCCACGCUAGCAAUCUGUUAUCUGCAGCUGCUUAAUAUUUACUUUAGAGCAGGAAUAUAAUCAGAUUGGGCCUGAUUCUGCUCUGCCUUGUACCUCCUGUAGUCACAAAUGUUGUGCAAAUUGGGUGUGAAGUGCUACAAAGAUAGAAUUCUCCACUCUGCUCAUGGUUUUGCUUACAAGUUUCCAAACUGAGAAUCAGGCUCAUUAAUAAUACUUAGAAUCCUUUAUUGAAUGAACAGAAAGCUUUAUAGAAAUAACUACGCCUUGCACCACUUUUCCAACUAAACUGCAGGUAAAAUGUGAAAUAUGUGAAUUGCAAUUUGACCACUGUAAUUAGUAAUGUACUUGUGACAUUUUAAUGAUCAUUCGUUCUCAGAAUCUGUGUUGUUUCAUUUUGAAAAUGGCAAGACAGCGUCUACCACAGUACUGCAGGAAGCUGGGGUACUGGUUUGCUGCUAUGCCCUGACUCUCCAAACACUCAUUCAGGUACUUAACUUUACUGCUGUGAGUGGUCCCAUUGAAAAGAGGAGGAGCACUUGUGGAAGUAAAAUUACGAAUGUGUGUUUGCUAGUUAAGAGCUUAAGACAGAAGACAAAUUCACUGAAUACACUACUUCUGGUAGCACAUGAGUGCUCCUUGAAGACCUUCUGUCUCUCGACUACCCUGUUCAGUUUGAGAUCUGACUGGAACGCAGUACUAAGCUGUAAAGCUUGGAUGUAAGCAGUGCAAGAAUAAUUUGAAAAAAAAAAACCACAACUGUUCAAUGUUCUGUUCAAAAUGGUUUGCUUUAACAGAUAGGUAAUACAAAUAAUAAAUAGCAGUAAUAGGUUGCA